AUAACUUCCACCACGCAAACCUUCUAAUCAAUAUGUAGUGGAAACAGUUUGUUUUUUCCCUGUUGCACUCCAUAGCUUUUAAGGGGAGUGCACCUUGAAUGUCAAUCGGUUACUUAUUCAACGUUCGAAUACGAAUGUCAAACGUUAACAAGGAACAAACUUCACACUGUUGUAUAUAUAUGCCUGUUACUGAAGAACAGAGUGAACGAUAAUCAAUGGGGCGAAGUGGAAAUGGGACGAAUUAAGUGACCGACACGCCGGCCCCAAAUGUGCUAGGUUGGGGCACAAUCUGUGACGGUGUCUAUGCAACAUCGGUAACAUUUUAAGUUUUAUUUUACCAACUGUGAGUGUCAUAACCUUGAGAGUAGGUCAUUGAUUCUGAAAAAAAAAUAACACGCACCUCUGUUUUCAGGUUUUUCAAAAUGUAUAACAAUGUCGAUUUGGAAUUCACAUGCAGGGAAAUAGCUGUUUAUCUUUACAGAAAUCACGUAACAUUGUGCAUGCCCCAAGUACAUGUACACAUGUACAUCUCACUCUCAACGCCGUUGACCGGCCUGACGCACAAGCGGGCGAUCGUUGUAGGUCGUGUAUGCAUGUCAUCAAGUGGACACGAUAUGAGACUGAUAUCUGCAAACUUUCAACACGCUGGGACGUGUACUUUUGAAGAUAUAGAGCUUUAAAGGAUGCACCUUUCAUAUCACGUGACUUGUCAAUUGAUGGCAUCAUCAUCCCACGAGGUCAAUUGUCAUCUAUCACUCAUCGCCUUCCAGAUAUCUGCAAAGUUUCAACCAGCUGGGACAUGUACUUUUGAAGAUAUAAGGCUUUAAAGGAUGCACAUUCAUGUCACGUGACUUGUCAAGUGAUGAUGCCAUCACCCCAUGAGUGAAAACAGACAAUGGCCAAAGCAAGAAGGAAACAAUGUCUCAUCAUCAGCCUUUUGCCACUCCUUGGACUAAUGUUGCUUCACUUUGGAACAAUUCCAACAAAAAUACUGCAAUAUGGACAUCUUGCUUUAAGCUCCAAAAGUAUCUUACAGACAUUUCGCUUGGGGAUCAGUUCACAUGAUGAAAAUGUUAUGCUUCUGAAACCCAUGGAAGAUGAAAGCAAGCUGCUGGAUUUUGUCCUUGGAGAAGCCAUACCAUCAAAGAUACAGCUUAAUUAUCACCUCAAAGGAAAAUUACAAGCAAAACGUUUGACUCCAUUGAGCCCUGAAGUAUUUUCAACCACUGAUUCACCUCCCAUGGUACGGUCAAAGACACUACAUGUACCGGUACAUGUGGGUGUACAUGUACCUGGUAAAGUAGCAUCAGUCCGUAAAGAAGAAUUGGACAACUCCACAGAAGUUUCAGAAAGGCACUAUUUCCAAGCAAGUAAACCUGCUAUGAAAUCAAGAGAUAAACACAAUAAGAUACCGGUACACAUCCUGAUUGUGACUAAUCGGCGUUCUGGAUCCUCCUUUUUAGGUCAGUUUUUCAAUCAGCACCCAAAUAUUUUCUUCCAGUUUGAACCACUGAAAUUAACGGAAUGGAAGAAAGAAUUCUACCCGGAUAGAACUGGAUACCUUCGACAUUUAGUAAAGUGUGAAUUCAACAAAACACCUUACUUGGUGGAAUUUUAUAACCAUGAACCACUUCAUCGAGCUAGUAGCAGAGUGAUGACUAGCCCUCCGCUGUGCAAUCUUACAUUGUCUUCCCAACUAAGGUCAGAGUAUAAGAAUAUGAAAUGUCCUCCCUUGGAAACAGAACCCCUUAUACAAGCCUGCCGGAAGAAACAUCACCAGGCAAUCAAGUUAAUAAGGUUGUACAGCAUAUCAUCUCUAGAGUCUGUUGCCCUUGAUGUUGGUAUUAACUUAAAAAUCAUUCACCUUGUGCGGGAUCCUCGUGCAACGUACAUUUCAAAAAGUAGAGUACCUGGAGCAAAUGUUACAUUAGAACUGGGUAAGUCACUUGAUAUUGGUAUUUCGUACCUUUGUAGACGAAUAAACCGUAAUUUAGACUUUGUUCGUAGUCAGCCAGUGUGGCUGCAAGGGAAAUAUAAACUUGUACGGUAUGAAGAUAUAGCACAUGAUCCUCAAAAGCUUGCUGAAGACAUUUAUGAUUUUACUGGUUUAGGUCAACUACCACAAGAAGUUUUUAGGUGGAUACAGAAAAACACCUUAAAAUCGGCCAUCAAACCUGGUCACCAAAAGGUUAAUAGUUACUAUUCCACAUCCAGAAAUGCAUCUCAGGUCCCCGAGGCAUGGAGGAAUCAGGUACCACUCAAAGUGGUGCUGAGGAUGCAAGAGAUUUGUAGGAAGACAUUGAGUAACCUUGGUUAUCUUGAAGUCACAACCACAAAGGAGUUAGUGGAUAAGAGCAAGAGUUUGGUAUCUGAAUUAGAUUUCAAGAUGAAUUAAUUUUUCAAAUAUUUCAUUUCCUGUGUGAGAGGUAUGAGGUUUUUUCUUUUAAAAAUGUGACCUGACUCAGGUCCCUUUGUUCUCUGUUGGGAUGCCCUGAAUAUUCAUGGUCAGGGUGCUUCUUGCACCUCAAAAGUACAUUUUAGUGUUUUAAGUUUGGAUAAUUUGACGUAAGUGGAAGGAUCAUCAUAUUUAUAUAAAUGGGGAAAAAGCGGGUGUAAUUCAUCAGUGUUUUCACAGAGACAAAGUUCAAAGUUCAAAAUCAACUGCAUGUAGGCCACGUGAUGAGUUGGUGGUGUAUUUCUUUUAACCAAAUCUACUGAAAUCAGCCAAAUGCUAAAUACUAGGGAAAUAAGCAUUUUAAAAGAGACCAACUUCAAAUGUGAGUUUCUCGAAACCUAGUGUUUACUUUCCAGUAAGGCAUUUGUCUCUUCAUGAAAAUGGUGACGAAUUUAGAAUCUGUGUAAACUAAGAUUUUUAGCAAAUUUAAUAUGCAAGGAUAUGUACCCCAAAAUUCUUGCCAGUGAACACAAUACAUUGUGUAAUUUGGAACAAGAAAUCUGUUGAAAUGAAGGAGACUCCUUCAAUAAUCAGGGCUGUUCUAGCAUGAUGUCAUGAUGUCCAGAAAGUAAUGUGCAAUUUACAUGCAUGUGUUAGCCUUUAAUGUUCAUAUAUUUACUGUAACUUUGUCUUGUAAAAAAUGUUUUGUUUUUUAAUACUUUUUUAAAAUUGAGCAAACAUGGCCGAUCAUUAACUGAUCACAAAUGAACUACAUGGCGACUUCCAUUCCAUUGUGUUUUAGUACAUGUAUAUCUGUUAAGAAAACUACAUGUAUAGUACCUACCAGCCAUGGUCUCAAGGAAGUACGCUGUAUAUAAAGUAAAAAUAAGACUUUUUAUCCCCUAAACAAUAAAAUUCAUUAUACACUGUACUCAAUGGAAAGAUUCAUUUGGUGCCGUGCGUAGUUCCGAACAUGAUUGCGGACGCAGGAAAAUUGCCUGAUUCAGUUGCGCCAGCUGGGUCCUGUAGCCAAUUAGUGCAAUGGGGUUGCUGCCAAUUUAUUGCUGUGAAUCUGGUGGCCAAGCAGCAAAAGGGUUGGUGCUCGGGGCAGCGCAUCGUUCAUUGUUUCAGUAUUCGUUUUCAGCACAGCUUCAAACAAGUUUGCCCUCCUCCAAAAUACAUUGUACGCCUCCCGUGAUCCUUGAUUCAUGCCUUUGGAGGGGUUGCAAAUUUUUAUGCGGGAUAAGGAGGCAAAUGCCCAAUUUUAUUUAUUAGCCAACUUAGCCAAGGAUUACCCAACUGUUAUGUACAUGUAUUAUAGAUCAUUACCACUUUACCUCUCAUCUCAGUUGCUAAUGCAUAUACAAAGUUAGGUAUUUCCACCACAUGUAACAAUGGGGGACUUAAACACGUAUGUAUAAUUAAUAGCCUGUGACAUUCUACAUGGACUAUACCCGGCCGCAUGUUCCAGCGGUUUGAACUGUGAUGUGCGUAAUUACAUAGUCCUGAUAUAAAAAAGUUCUUAUACAAUUAUGUUAUUACCAGUUUGAAGGCUUCAGUUUUGCUAAGUUAUGCAUCAAGUUAAUUGCACGGUGUAGUGUUCUUUUUUGUUAUAAACAUAUUUUAUAGGCAUCCUAUUGUUCUAUAUAUACUGGAAAUACAAAUGACAACUGGCAGUUUGUUGUUUUCGGUAUACAUGUAUAUAGUGAUCAUGGGUAUCGCUAGGCAUCUCGAAUUAUGAUACCUUAUUUGGUAUUCAUGUAAAAAAAACUGGCCAUUGGGAGUUGUCGAUAGUGGUUAUAGGUAUCACUAUCUGAACUGUGGUCAAGGGGACCACUGUUUGUGGUUAUUCAACAAAGUCAGAAGUACCGGUUGUGUUCCGGUGUACCCUACUUUGGUAUUCCAGUUGAAUGUUGAGAAUAAACGCCCAAAGCUGUGGCUCCCAGACACUCAAAA